GACAGUGCCUCCGAUAUAUAAGGCGCAGGCAGAUGAGGUCUCAUUCUCUGUGAGAGCCCGUCACCUGCACACACACACACUCAUAUAACACUCACACACCCACAUACAAACUCGCCCCACGCCUUCACCCUUUGCACCGUUCCCACCUUCAUUCCGGCGCACAUCAGAGUCUGACUGGAUAGGUUACCCGGUGGACACGGUAGGGAGCCCCUUCAGGAGAAUUAUGGAUACUCGGACAACCGGCUACGGCUACAGCCGCUCUGGCGGCACCCCAUCCAGUGGCUUUCGCUCCCAGUCUUGGUCCCGGGCAAGCCCCGGCUCCACCAUCACCUCGUCCUACAAGAGGAGCGUGAACAUGCCGGUAUCCCGGGUUUACAGCUCAACGGUGCUCAGCUCCGCCGACAGCGUUGAUUAUGGUCAAACCUCCAUCCUGAACGGAGACUACAAGCGAUCUAACGAGAAAGAGCAACUUCAGGGGCUCAACGACCGGUUUGUUGUGUACAUCGACAAGGUGCACUACCUGGAGCAGCAGAACAAGCAGAUCGAGGACGAGAUCCAGGCACUGCGGCAGAAGCAGGUGUCGCGCUCCCAGCUGGGCGACCACUACGACCAGGAGCUGCAGGAGCUGCGCUCCAUGCUGGAGCAGAUCCACCACGACAAGACGCAAAUCCAGCUCGACACCGACCACAUCGAGGAGGACAUUCAGAGGCUCAGGGACCGCUUCGACGAAGAGGCUCGCAUCCGGGAGGAGACAGAGGCCAUCAUCCGCCUCCUGAAGAAGGACACGAGCAACUCCGAGUUGGGGAAGUCUGAGUUGGAUAAGAAAGUUCAGUCGCUGCAGGAUGAGAUCGCCUUCAUCCGCAACAACCACGAGGAAGAGGUGAGCGACCUCUUCGCCCAGAUCCAGGAGUCUCAGGUGACCGUGGAGAGGAAAGACCUCCAGAAGACGGACAUCACCGAGGCUCUGCGAGAGAUCCGCUGCGAGCUGGAGGGCCACUCCAACCAGAACCUGCAGCAGGUGGAGAAUUGGUUCAUGUGCCGCUUCUCUAAGCUCACCGAUGCUGCGGAUCAGAACAAGGACGCCAUUAAGUCCGCCCGUGAUGAGAUAUCCGACUACCGGCGCCAGCUGCAGUCCAAGACCGUGGAGUUGGAGUCCAUCCGCGGGACAAGAGAGUCGCUGGAGAGGCAGCUGAAUGACAUCGAGGACCGCCACAACAGCGACCUGUCCAGCCUGCAGGAGACAAUUCACCAGAUGGAUAAUGAGCUCAAGAGCACCAAAUGGGAGAUGGCUCGUCACCUGCGCGAGUACCAGGACCUGCUCAACGUCAAGAUGGCCUUGGACAUUGAGAUCGCUGCAUACAGGAAACUCCUAGAGGGUGAGGAGACCCACUUCAGCACUUUCCCUUAUCGUCAGGUUGUCACACCUACCAAAAUCUCUAAGGUUAAAUCAGACUCUCCCAGGAUGAAGGUGCACCACAAGUUUGUGGAAGAGAUCAUCGAAGAAACAAAGGUUGAAGAUGAGAAGUCAGACAUCGACGAGGCCCUGGCGGAAAUAGCGCAAGAGCUGUCUGCCACACUCGGAGGGGGAAGAGAUGAGGCUGAGGAAGAGGAGGGGGAAGAGGAAGGAGAUGGGGAGGAAGCAGAGGGUGAGGGGGAAGAGGAAGAGGAAGAGGGUGAGGGCGAGGAGGAAGUUUUAGCCGCCACUGAAGCCAAAGUUAGCUCUAGCGAACCCGCUGAAGAGGAAGAGGAGGAUGGAAAUGAGGAAGAAGAGGGUGACGGAGAAGGGGGAGAAGAAGGAGAGAAGGAAGAAGAGGAUGAGGGAGAAAAGGGUGAGGAUGAGGAGACAGUCGAUGAAGGAGACGGAGAAGAGGGAGAAGAGGAAGUUGAGGAGACAGUCUUGUGCUCCAAAGCUCCAGAGUCUAAAGCCUCUCUUGACAAAGAAAAGGCCGACGACAAAGAAGGCAGCGGAGGUGAAGAGGAAGCUGGUGCUGAAGAGGAGGAUGGCGAUCAGGAUGAAGGUGCAGGUAGUGACAAAGGAUCCAAAAGUGAGGAUGAGAAAGAUGACAAAGAGGAUGUGGACAAAGACAAAAAAAGCGAAAGAGACGAGAAGUUAAAAGAUGAGAAAGCAGAAGAAGCUGUAGCCAAGAUAGAAGCUCCAAAAACCGAGGCAUCAAAACCAGAUUCUCCUAAGUCUGAAUCCCCAAAGCUUGGAUCCCCCAAGUCUGAAUCCCCAAAGCUUGGAUCCCCCAAGUCUGAAUCCCCAAAGCUUGGAUCGCCCAAGUCUGAAUCCCCAAAGCUUGGAUCUCCCAAGUCUGAAUCCCCAAAGCUUGGAUCCCCCAAGUCUGAAUCCCCAAAGCUUGGAUCCCCCAAGUCUGAAUCUCCAAAGCUUGGAUCCCCCAAGUCUGAAUCUCCAAAGCUUGGAUCCCCCAAGUCUGAAUCUCCAAAGCUUGGAUCCCCCAAGUCUGAAUCCCCAAAGCUUGGAUCCCCCAAGUCUGAAUCUACAAAGCUUGGAUCCCCCAAGUCUGAAUCCCCAAAGCUUGGAUCCCCCAAGUCUGAAUCACCAAAGCUUGGAUCCCCCAAGUCUGAAUCACCAAAGCCUGAAUCCCCCAAGUCUGAAUCCCCUAGACCUGAGUCCCCUAAGGCUGAAUCACCUAGACCUGAGUCCCCUAAAUCUGGAUUACCUAGACCUGAUUCCCUAACGUCUAAGUCUCCCAAGCCUGCAUCUCCUAAAUCUGAGUCUCCCAAGCCUGCAUCUCCUAAGUCUGAGUCCCCCAAGCCUGUAUCUCCUAAGUCUGAGUCCACCAAGCCUGCAUCUCCUAAGUCUGAGACCCCCAAGCCUGCAUCUCCUAAGUCUGAGACCCCCAAGCCUGCAUCUCCUAAGUCUGAGACCCCCAAGCCUGAUUCUCCCAAAUCUGAGUCCCCCAAAGAAGGCUCAGCAAAGGCUGGAUCCCCAAAACCCAGCUCACCAAAAACCGAGUCCCCCAAGUCAGACUGCCCAAAACCCGAACCUCCAAUGGCUGAAUCCCCAAAGGCCGCCAAGUCUGAGGCCCCAAAAGCUGCUGAAGAGAAAUCAGAGAAAAAGAGCGACUCAACAAAUGAGAAGAGCGCAGAAAAGAAAGACGUUGCCAUGAACGGCGAUGUCGACAAAAGCAGCCCAGAAGAGAAAGAGAAGAAGGACGAGGGGAAAGAAGAAGAUGGCGUGAUCGCUAACGGCGUGGACGAAAGUCCCGUCAAGGAAGAUGCCAACCAGAAAGUGGUGAUCACCAAAACCGUGGAGACGAUCACCACCGGAGAAGAUGGAUCCAAGCACGUCACCAAAUCUGUCACCGUCACCGAAACGGUGAAGGAAGAGGUGGAGGAAGUGACGCAGGAGACGCUGCUCGCCACCAAGAAGACGGAGAAGCACUCCAGCCUGUCCGUCAAGCAGGUGACGGAGGCCGAAUGAGCGGACUGCAGGGGCGGCUGAGGUGGAGGACACGGAGAUAAGCAAUCAACCCACAACUAACAUUACAAAAGAAAAUCAUACAGCUAGAGCGAUGUAAUAAAGAUAACCACUCGCAAACAUACAAACAAAUCAUAAAGAGAAGCCAAAACUUAAAUGCUACAAGUUUCAAAAAAAUGCAUGUUGAGGGACAGCUUUAAAACGGGCUUUGCUGCAGACGUGGUGAGGAGCUAGCGAUUGAGACAUUUUAUCCUCUUUUUCUUUCUUUCUGCAGUUCACGGGGCGAGCUCACGGGACGGAGGGGGGGUCUCUGCAUGCUAGCUCAGGAGAGGGGGGAACCUUCCUAUCUUCUGUAUGUAUAGACAUGUAGACAUGCACUGUAAAAAGAGUAAAUAUGUAAAAGGAUUAAAUGCAUUGUAGAGGAAUAUUCUUAAAGUUGAGAGGGUUUUGGAGUUUAAGUGAAGGGGGUGGGUGGGAUGGGGGUAGGGGGGACACGCAGGCGGGAGGGUCCUCUACACAGACACUUGCUCUACUGAAGAAGCCUUACUUGACAUGUGAAGAUACCAACUGAGCCAAAAAAAAACUAACAACAAUUACACCAUAUACAGAGAAGAAAGAGCCGGGCAUCGAUAACACAUGACCAUAUACAUCCAGUUAAAGCUUAACAAACCUGAAGAAACUCUUAGCCUUAAACAUGCUUUUUAUCCGUGUCUGUUAUGUUUACCUGAGUGCAACUGAAAAAUAAAUCAACUGUAAAUGCGUAGAUUCAUGCAUUCUCGUAUGCGUAGGGUGGACUUGAAUUUAAAUACAGAAAUAAAUGAGGUGCUACUGUUUGCAAUCCCAUAACUUUACUCAUCAUGAACAAUUUCCCAGCAGCAUUUGCUCAAUAAAUGUCAUAAUGAAGU